AUGAAGCCCUGGAAAACAGUGGUGGUACAGCUGGCUGCUGAGCUCCUCGGCACGUUCCUGCUGGUGGUCGUCGGGUGUGGCUCGACUACAACGGCGUGGUCGGAAGGCUACCAGCCGACGACUGUUCAGGUGGCCCUGACAUUUGGACUUACUGUCGCAUGCAUCGUGCAGACGCUGGGCUACGUAAGUGGCGCUCACGUGAACCCGGCAGUGACUGUGGGCCUGGUGGUGGGCGGCUUCCUGGGCCCGCUGAAGGCUCUGCUGUACGUGACGGCGCAGUGCGUGGGCGCCACCGCCGGCUCAUUCGUGCUCCAGGCCCUGACACCCAACGAGACGGUCGCAACGCUGGGCGUUACAGCCUUGAAUCGGCACGUGACGCCGACGCAGGGCUGCUUCGUGGAGAUGGUCAUAUCAUUCGUGCUCCUGAUGGCGGUGUACAGCGCUGUCGCGGCGGCGGCGGCAGCAGGACCCUUCACUGUCGGCAUGUCUAUAACAGCCUGCCACUUGUUCGCGAUGCAGUAUACUGGUGCUGGUAUGAAUCCGGCUCGUUCUUUCGGACCUGCUUUCGUUACUGGAUCUUGGAUAAACCAUUGGGUGUACUGGGUGGGACCGUGCGUAGGCGGUGUUGCUGCGGGUAUUGUCUACCAAUACUUCAGGCCAGAAGAGCCUGUGGAUGCAUCAGAGCAUAGGGCUUCUCCGGGCCAAGCUUCUGGCGUGGCCUCAGGAGUAGCGGAACGGCAUCAGCAGCAGCAGCAGCAGCAGCAGCAGCUUCUGCUUCUGCUGCCGCCACCGGUAUGA